GAUUUGAAAGGGAGUUUGAAUGUUGGAGGGGAGGCAGUUGAGAGUCGGUUGAGAGCAGUAGGUUCUGGAGGGGGGCACUUGGUGGGGUACCUGAAGCUGGGCUGGCUUAGGGUCAGUAGGACAGUCGACAUCGCCAGGGGCAUGUGGUGAAGAGGGGUUCUGCCAGCUUCCGGGGAAGAGAAUUCCCUAAAUUUAGGUCCUAAGAGGCUUCUGUGGCGCUGGGAACAGGUGGAGGAAGGGGAGGCGGCCAGUCGUGAGCCGUGGUUUGGGAAAAUCUCCAGCAGCCCAGCAGCAGCCCAGCGGUGCUAUGACAGAAAGCAAAAUGUGCAGGAGAGAGGCAGACCAGAACAAGGGGGGAAAGACUCCAACUUCAGGGAAGGAGCCCUUCCCCAAUGGGUACUUCAUUCUGGUGAAAUCCCUGGACAGAUGCUCAGGUGACGACGCUCAGGGCCAGGCCUCAAGGGAUGAGGCUCCAGCGCCAGCUCCUGGGAUGAAGAACCGGACAACAUCCCAGCGGUUCCCGGCUGACGUCCCUCGCGGCGCGUCCCCACUGCCCCUUCUCUGUACUGGCAUGGCUCCUUCCCAGCCCGAUUUGGCGCAGAAGCAGCAGCCAAAGUUUCCUCCCAUUAAAAGAGCAUCUCAAUUUAUUUCAGAGAGGGAGAAGACUUUGGCUGCUACUUCUGUGCCAGGCCGGCCAGGCUGGAGCCCAGAUGCCCGUAGGGAGGAGGACAGGUUGGGGCAGCUAAUAAGAUCAGGGAGGGAAAGACUCAGCCUGGCAGCCACUGCAUCCCGGGAGGGACUGGAGCCCAGACGAAGUCUUCUUGUCUCAGAGGAACCCCUGUCUUCACUGCUGUGGCUGCUGCCAGAGCCUCCCUUUUGAAAUCAACAGCCAAACACCCAGGUGGCCACGCUGCAGGCGGACGUUCUGCGCCUUCUGAGGUCCAUCUUUCAGCCUGCAAGGGAGAUGUGAAGGGCCUUGCCUGGAUGAGGACAUGGUGCAGCUCUUUCAUCUUCAUCAAUUUGUUUGUUUUAUCUAAUUUUUAUUAACUAAAUUCUUGAUUUCCAAAGUAUGUGUAUUUCUCUUUUUUCAAGUUGUGUUUUCUACAGUUCAAUUGCAUUUGUUGUGAAACAUUCGUGUUGUGUAUAGUAUAAGACUGGGGAAGAAAAGGGGGGAGAGAGGAGAUGAGGUGGGAAAACAUAUAUUCUUUUACUUUGUGUCAGCAUCAACUGGGUAGCUUCUCAUUUUAUUCAUUUAUUAUAUUUCCUUGGUAGUGCAGAUAAAAAUUUGAAAUUAUAAUUUGGGAGGAAAAGCAACUAAGGAUAAAGUAGUAGAAUAUGAAUUUGCUGAACCAAUUUUCAAAAAGGGAUACAAAAAAGGGAGGCGUGAGGAAGUCAGGAAAAUAAGUUAAUCAAAGAUGAGAAAUGAAA